GUAAAUGUGAAGAAGGGAACUGACCAUGAGGAUGAGGAGGAGGGUGAUGGAAAGGGUUAACGCGGAGGUGCAUUAGAGAUGCAUGGAGGAGCAGAGGGGAGGAGGCGUUCAGCGCUGAGACAUUGUCAUGCAAACAGAGACCACCGCCUCGCCAUUGUCUCCCGGACUCCAACUUUAUUAUAAACACACCGCGAGCCGCCCGCCGCAGCAGAGCACCGGAGCACCGGCACCGAGAGACACGCGCUGGAUACCGCGAGAAAACCACGCGUUCCGCUGGAGUUUGACGCCGCAACCGGAGCUUUCGCGUCUCCGUCCGCGCUCCACAUGUACAAAAUGGAUUAUUCGUAUCUGAACACGUAUGACUCGUGCAUGGCGGCGAUGGAGGCGUCGGCGUACGCGGACUUUAACUCGUGCAGUCAGGCCAACACGUUCCAGUACAACCCGAUCCGAACCGGCUUCAGCUCCAGCCCGGGAUGCGCUCCGCUCGGAUCCGCCAGCUGCACCCUGGGCGCGCUGAGAGAGCACCAGCCCGCGCCCUACAGCACAGUUCCGUACAAGUUCUUCUCGGACCCCUCCGGUCUGAACGAGAAGCGCAAGCAGCGGCGGAUCCGCACGACCUUCACGAGUUCUCAGCUGAAGGAGCUGGAGCGCGUGUUCGCGGAGACGCAUUACCCGGAUAUCUACACGCGUGAGGAGCUCGCGCUGAAGAUCGACCUGACCGAGGCGCGCGUGCAGGUUUGGUUCCAGAACCGACGUGCCAAGUUUCGUAAACAAGAACGUGCUGCCAACUCCAAAGGAGCGAAUACAGGCGCCAACGGCUCCGGCGGCAAGAAGUCGGGCGAGAACCGCUCUUCCUCUGAAGACGAGGAGUCUAAAGAGUCGACCUGCAGCCCGACGCCCGACAGCACAGCGUCUCUGCCCGGCUCCGGGAACAUGGGCAGCCCCGGGGCCAGCAGCCUCAGCCCCAGCCCUGUCUCCGGCUCCUCGGCCGGCUUCUCCACCGCCUCCAUCUCACCCUCCAUCCACCAGGGCCUGAAGAGCUCGCCCUGGCCCAGCACCGUCCAGACCCAGGAGCUGCUGAAGGCCUGGCAGCCGGCGGACAGUAUGGCGUCUGGGCCGUUCGCCGGCGUUCUGUCCUCGUUCCACCGGAAACCCAACACAAUCAAGACCAACCUGUUCUAGAGACUCCGGACCGUGCGUCCGCUGAGAGUUCUGUUCUGGAGAUUGAGCUGGGCUCGUAUUCACUAAACAUCUUCAGGCAUCUAAAAGCAGCUCACAAAGUGCAGAUUAAAGAGAAAAUCUUAAAACUAAAGGUGCUUUGCGAUGCCUCUUUUCUCUAAAUGUGUCUAUAACAUCUGAAGAAGGUUUCAGAGCUGAAACUCUUUUUUUACUGCUAUGUAGAGAACUGUUAGUGGUGAGAUCAAGCGAUGUUUUGUGAAUACGGGCUCUGAAGGUUAAUUUAAUGUCAUGUUGGUGCUUCUGAUGUGUCCAUUAUUUGUGUUCAUCAGGUCCGUUUCCUCUUAACGCUGUAGAUCCCUUGUGUCAGUAAAUGAGUUGCUGGUUUCCUCCAGAAACGCUUGUCCUUCAGGAUGAGGAAUCAGUUCCGGUCUUCAGGAAGAGACGCUGUGUGAGGAGGAACUAAAUGAGAUUAGAGGAGCGGUAACCAAAUAUUCACCGCAGAUGAUGGGCGUAAUAAUGAUCUGUUCCUAAAUUAGCAGUCUGAUCUGAAGUAUUAAUGUUCCAGCUUGUUUCUGGAUCAGAAUGAUGACAAACCUGCAUUUACUGAUGAAUCUCUCAUGCGGCUCUUCACUGAAGCUCUUUGAAGAUGGAUUUGACGUGUGUGUGUGUCCAUGUGUGUGUGUGUGUGUAUGUCUGUGUAUGUGUGUGACUGUGUAUGUAUGUGUCCGUGUGUGUGUCUGUGUGUGUGUUUGUGUAUGUGUA